AUGGGCAGUUUAGGCGCAAAGAGAUAUUUCGUUAAAAUUUCUAGUGAUCUUGCGGGCGAGUUCCCUUUUUUCACGCAAAGAGAAAGUGCAAGUCACAAAGUUGGUUUCUCUGGAAUACAAAAGUGUACAACAGCAAUCAGGCAACUAGCGUAUGGCACAGCGAGUGAUGCGUGGGAUGAAUAUUUAAGGAUGUCGGCAAGAAUGUGUCGUGACUCUCUUGAAAAUUUCUGUGAAGGUGUUAUCUCUCUGUACGGGAGACGCUACUUGCGGAUGCCAACCGCCGCGGACGUUCCACUUCUAUACGAGGCCCAUCAGCGCAUACACGGUUUUCCUGGGAUGUUGGGGAGUCUUGAUUGCACGCACUGGGAUUGGGCGUCAUGUCCAACCGCUUGGAAAGGGCAACAUCAUCGUGGUGACCACGAUGGUCCCACCCUAAUAUUACAAGCGGUCGCUUCUCAAGAUUUAUGGAUUUGGCAUGCGUACUUUGGCAUGGCCGGUGCGAACAAUGACAUCGCUGUUUUAAUGUCCUCGAAUCUUUUCGACGAUGUCAUAGACGGUGUUGCACCAAAUACUUCGUUCUAUGCAAACGACGUGGAGUAUAAGUAUGGGUACUAUCUCACAGGCGGUAUUUAUCCCGAGUGGGCGACGUUGGUAAAAACUCUUUCGUGUCCAGAUGAUGAAAAAAGAUUGUAUUUCAAGAAAAAACAAGAGUCAGCAAGAAAGGAUAUCGAGCGGGCUUUCGGUGUAUUAAAAAAGAGAUGGUCUAUCAUCGCCCAGCCGUCGAGGAUACUUGAAAAAAGAAAAAUGAGAAACGUCAUGUAUACGUGCAUCAUUUUGCAUAACAUGAUAUUGGAGGAUUCGGGUAGAGCGUUUUGUGGAGAAAGUUAUGAUGAAAGUAUCCAACCGACGAACCCAAUACUAACAUACGCUGAAAAAGAAGCUAUCCGAUCGAAGAUCUGUAGUCUUACUGAUCUUGGGAAGUGUGACGGUGUGGAUCUUGGUAUUGUUCUUCUCGAGCUUGAUUGGUGA